CACUCUCAGGCGAGAUGUUUGUUUUAUUAGCAAGGCUCUGCUGCCGAGCGGAGAGAAGAUAAAUGUAGUCGCUGAGUGUGCGAUGAGACCACGUGUUCCCGCUUGAGUCAUCCAGCGUCUCCAGUCCCCGGCUAGCCAGCUCGUCAUGCCCCCUGGGCUCGGGCUCCGUGCACCGCUCCUGGCGGCGGCCGCGCUUCUGCUCCUAGCCGUAGGUGGCGCGGCGGUGGGUAACCGCGUGAGAAAGAAGGCGGCCAGAACCCGCUCGUGUCUAGACCUUCCCGAGGAGAUACUGGAGCAGAUGUUCGGCCGCCUUUCGGUCGGCGUGCUGAGCGCCUUCCACCACGCCCUGCAGCUGGAGCCCCGCGACAGAGUCAACUUGAGCUGCCCCAGCGCCGCCGCCGUCCGCUCGGCGUCGGGCGACGGGAAGAGCAAACUACCGGUCAACCUGCUUAGCGUCUCCCCCUGGGCUUACAGGAUCUCGUACGACCCAAGCAGGUACCCACGUCACAUCCCCGAAGCGUACUGCCUGUGCAAAGGCUGCCUGACCGGACCUCAGCGGCAGGAGAGCCAGCACUACCGCAGCACUCCCGUCUACGCUCCCUCCGUGGUCCUCAGGAGGUCCGGUUCUUGCGUCGGGGGCCGGCACUCGUACUCUGAGGUCUAUGUGUCCGUGGCGGUGGGCUGCACAUGCGUCCCCCUGAUGGACAAGGACCGGGCGCUCCAAAACACCACCCGCACUCUGGACUCUUGGAGGACGGCCAAAACCAAAGCUGCACGCUUUUGGGGAUGAAGAUAAGUCAUCAUCCAUUCAUUAUCAACGGAAGUGACCCGUAUAUGCCCCGAAAUCAACAUGAACUUACCGGUCUAUGAACCGAAAUCAAUGGGAAAGGACCAGUAAAUGCUAAAAAUCAAAAGGAUGUGACUUGUAAAUUCCCAAGAUAAGCAGGAAAUGACCGAGAGUGUACCGACCUGCAUUUUUUUGUUACUGGUUGUAAUAUUAGCUACACCGGGACAGCUGAUCCCGUAUGUGAAUAUCAAUCAUAUGUUUUGUAUGACUUCAGAAAAAAAGCCAGUUAAAUAAGUACAUUUAUUAAGAAUUCAUCUAUUUAGUAAUGAUCAUGUUUCAGUGCCAUUGACGAAGAUAGAUGUGUAUAUGAAAAUGAUGUCUAUAUGUUUCAAGAGCUUUGCUUAGAAAAAACAAAUAUUUUGGAAGAUUUACCUUUUUCUCCCAUUUCUUUGGGGGGGCGGCGUGGUGUCAUAAACAUAUAUACUGUUUCACUUCAUAGACAAAAUGAUAAUGACUACCACCAUGUACAUUUUUAAUUCUUUUCUCCUAAAAAAAAAAAAGUGCUGUUUUACUAUAAUAAGUACUUUUCUAGUAAAAAGAAGCAUUCUUCCAAUUCUGACUGCUCUUUUUCUGAGAAAUAUUUUAAAUUUUAACCCAUCACAAAAUGAUCUCUCAAGUC